AUGGGUUGCUCUGCUUCUCGUUCUUCUCCACCAUUUCACUUCACCACCACCACCAUCACCACCACCGCCGCCUCCGCAUUCGCCGAUCACCAACACCCACCGUCAAAUUCCUCCACCUCUUCACCUUCCCCUCACCAUUUCUAUUCCCCAUUCUCAGAUCACUAUUACAACUCAUCUUCAACACAAACCCCUGUUUCGCGAACCAUGUCUCUACCCACUCCUCUAAUCCAUCAUCCUCCCCUCCGAAAAGGCGAUUCAAAUCACUUCGUCUCCCUCACUUCCACCACAUACGGCUCCCUCAUCCUCAUCGACAACAACACCACCACCACCACCACCGACAAUAAUAGAACCCUAGAAGAACACCCGGCUUCGUCUCCAGACUCCGUGAUUAACACCUGGGAGCUCAUGGAAGGUUUAGAUGAUGAAUUUGAUAUGAUUUAA